AUGUGCAGGUACUCCAGCUCACGGCCUCUUCUGGCUAGAUUCUCGGUGUACUUGGGCGCACAUGACAUAUCUGCAGUCUCCGAGCCUCAGCGUUUACAGAUGACACUCAGUCGUGUGGUUUUUCAUCCAGGGCAUUUGACUAUUCUCAGAGACAUUGCCCUUCUUGAACUGAAGGAAAGCAUCAGUUACUCAUCUGUGAUCAGGCCAAUUUGUUUGCCAAAUGCUGAACAAUUUGAAGCUCUAGAAGAGGCAGGCACCCUGUCAGAGGUGCUGGGCUGGGGAGAGGUGGGAAGCGGCCAAGUGUCGGCGCUGCCACUGCUGGCACCAGUGCAAGUGGUGGGCCGUUCCAUCUGCCAGCGUGCCUGGGCUGCACUUGGGGUCACACUCCCACCCUACACCCUGUGCUCUGGCUCGCAAACUGCUGGCACUUGCAAUGGAGACAGUGGAGGAGCCCUGAUGGCUCAGGAUGUUGACGGACUUUAUUAUGCCACAGGCAUAAUCAGUUUUGGAGCUCCAAAAUGUGGCACUCCUGGUAUCCCAGACGUCCACACUCGCAUUGUCUCCUACCUAAAUUGGAUUUCUUUGGUCACCAGUGGUGGUGGUGCCUGGAAUUACUCAUAA